AUGAAUUGUUGCUUAUUGCUACCUUUUAUGUUUGGAAUUCCUCUCAUACGGCCUUGCUUUACAGCAACAGAAAUCUCUACAACAGAUGAAGUUAAGCACCUAGUGGGUUCUCAUUUCAGAGUGAAGCGUGGUUGGAUGUGGAACCAGUUUUUUGUACCAGAGGAAAUGAAUAAGACUAAUUAUCACAUUGGCCAGCUAAGAUCUGAUUUAGACAAUGGAAACAACUCUUUCCAGUACAAGCUUUUGGGAGCUGGAGCUGGAAGUAUUUUUGUCAUUGAUGAGAGAACAGGUGACAUAUAUGCCGUCCAGAAGCUUGAUAGAGAGGAACGAUCCCUCUACACUCUAAGAGCCCAGGUAAUAGACGGCACUACUGGAAGGGCUGUGGAACCUGAGUCUGAGUUUGUCAUCAGAGUUUCGGAUAUCAAUGACAAUGAACCAAAAUUCCUAGAUGAACCUUAUGAGGCCAUUGUACCAGAGAUGUCUCCAGAAGGAACAUUAGUCAUCCAAGUGACAGCAAAUGAUGCUGAUGAUCCUUCAAGUGGCAAUAAUGCUCGUCUCCUGUACAGUUUACUACAAGGCCAACCAUAUUUCUCUAUUGAGCCAACAACAGGAGUCAUAAGAAUAUCUUCUAAAAUGGAUAGAGAACUGCAAGAUGAGUAUUGGGUAAUUAUUCAAGCCAAAGAUAUGAUUGGUCUGCCUGGGGCACUGUCUGGAACAACAAGUGUAUUAAUUAAACUUUCUGAUGUGAACGACAAUAAACCUAUAUUUAAGGAACGUUUAUACCGCUUGACUGUUUCUGAAUCUGCACCUGCUGGGACUUCAAUAGGAAAAAUCAUGGCAUAUGAUAAUGACAUUGGAGAGAAUGCAGAAAUGGAUUACAGCAUUGAAGAUGAUUCACAAACAUUUGACAUAAUUACCAAUAAUGAGACACAAGAAGGAAUAGUUAUAUUAAAAAAGAAAGUGGAUUUUGAGCACCAGAACCAAUAUCGUGUUAGAGCAAAUGUUAAAAACCGCCAUGUUGAUGAGAAGCUCAUGGAAUACCAUGUUGAAGCUUCCACCACUUUCAUUAGGGUCCAGGUGGAAGAUGAAGAUGAACCUCCUGUUUUCCUCCUCCCUUAUUACCUAUUUGAAAUCUUUGAAGAAAGCCCACAUGGAUCAUUUGUAGGCAUGGUCUCCGCCAUAGAUCCAGAUCAGAGGAAAUCUCCUAUCAGGUAUUCUAUGACCAGAAGCAAAGUGUUCAGUAUUGAUGACAAUGGCACAAUCAUCACAACUAACCCUCUUGAUCGAGAGAUUAGUGCUUGGUACAACCUAAGUAUUAUAGCCACAGAAAAAUACAAUGUGCAACAGAUUUCUGCAGUUCCUGUGUAUGUGCUUGUUCUUAAUGUUAAUGAUCAUGCUCCCGAGUUCUCUGAAUACUAUGACACAUAUGUUUGUGAAAAUGCAGGCUCUGGUCAGGUAAUUCAGACCAUCAGUGCAGUGGAUAGAGAUGAAUCCAUAGAAGAUCACCAUUUUUACUUUAAUCUACCUGUGGAAGACACAAAGAACUCAAGUUUCAUAAUCAUAGAUAAUGAAGAUAACACAGCUGUAAUUUUGACCAAUAGAACUGGUUUUAGCCUUGAAGAAGAGCCUGUCUUUUACAUAUCUGUCCUAAUUGCUGACAAUGGAAUCCCAUCACUUACAAGUACAAACACCCUUACCAUACACAUCUGUGACUGUGAUGACUAUGGCAGUACACACACCUGCAGGAAUAAGGACCUUACACUUGCCAUGGGAUUCAGAACAGAAGUCAUACUUGCUAUUUUGAUAAGCAUCAUGAUAAUAUGUGGGUUUGUUUUUUUGAUCUUAGGUCUGAAACAGCGAAGAAAGCAGACUCUCUUUCCAGAGAAAGGUGAAGAUUUCCGAGAGAAUAUAUUCAGAUAUGACGAUGAAGGGGGCGGAGAAGAAGAUACAGAGGCUUUUGAUAUUGCGGAGCUGAGGAGCAGCACCAUCAUGCGGGAACGGAAGACACGGAAAACUGCUACCGCAGAGAUCAGGAGCCUAUACAGGCAAUCCUUGCAGGUCGGCCCAGAUAGUGCCAUAUUCCGGAAAUUCAUUCUAGAAAAGCUUGAAGAAGCUAAUACUGAUCCUUGUGCCCCUCCUUUUGACUCCCUCCAGACCUACGCUUUUGAGGGAACAGGGUCAUUAGCUGGAUCUCUGAGCUCCUUAGGAUCAGCAGUCUCUGAUCAGGAUGAAAAUUAUGAUUACCUUAACGAGUUGGGACCUCGCUUUAAAAGAUUAGCAUGCAUGUUUGGUUCUGCUAUGCGGUCAAAUAAUUAG